UUAUAUUAUCAAAAUUUUAUUGAGUUGCAAUGUUCGGUUAAUAGAGUGCACUGUUGUAGUAAACUUCUUUUGAGGUUAGCAUUUAAGAAGCAAAUUGAUAAAACAAUAGUAUAUUUUUCUACUUGACUGGAUCAUUGAUUGUAAAAAUUUAAAUAUCAUGUAAUCGAGUUUAUGUCUUACUCCGACCGAGAAUUUCAUUAGUUUAUGAGAGUAUAUUGUCAUAGAAAAAGUCCACUUUAGUUACUGUUUACAUAGCUGAUAUUAACAACAAUGUUAGCUGUAAUUGGAACUCAAUUACAUUUGUAAAAGUAUGUAUCAUAUGGACUGCGAUGACCAAAAUACUUUGAAAAUGAGUGAAAGUGAGUCUGUUUAUGGGACCACAUUGUCCCAGGAAUCAAUAAAAGUAAUCGCAGAAAGCAUAGGUGUUGGAAAUUUUCCUGAUGAAGCAGCCAAAGACCUUGCUGAAGAUGUAAGCUAUAGACUUAAGGAAAUUAUUCAGGAUGCAGCUAAGUUCAUGAGACAUGGUAAACGUCAACGUAUGACCACUCACGAUAUAGAUUGUGCUCUGAAAAUUAAGAAUAUUGAACCAACAUAUGGAUUUUUUGCUAAGGAUCAUGUACCAUUUCGCUUCGCUUCUGGUGGUGGUAGAGAAUUACAUUUUGUGGAAGAGAAAGAAAUUGAUCUAAAUGAAGUUAUAUCAAUGUCUGGUGGACAAUCGUGGCCAAAGUUACCUUUGGAGAUUACACUGCGAACUCAUUGGCUCUGUAUAGACGGUGUUCAACCCACAAUACCAGAAAAUCCACCUCCAGUGUCUAAAGAUAUUCAAAAGUUGGAAAGUGUUGACCCAACAAGUACACUGUCAAACAAGAAUCAAAACAUUGGUGUUGGAAAACCAGGUGGUGGAGGCAAGAGUCAGAAAUUACGUAAUGUGGAAACUGUUCACGUUAAGCAAUUAGCGACUCAUGAAUUAAGCGUUGAACAACAAUUGUAUUAUAAGGAAAUUACGGAAGCUUGUGUCGGAUCUGAUGAAGCGCGCAGAGCAGAAGCACUUCAGUCUCUGUCGGCCGAUCCUGGUUUACAUGAAAUGUUAGCACGCAUGUGUACUUUCAUUGCCGAAGGUGUCCGCGUAAAUGUUGUACAAAAUCAUCUUGCGCUCUUAAUUUAUCUCAUGCGAAUGGUUAAAGCUCUUCUGGACAAUCCGAGCUUGUACUUGGAGAAAUAUUUGCAUGAAUUAAUACCAUCUAUUGCAACUUGUAUAGUAUCACGGCAAUUAUGUAUGAGACCGGAAAUGGACAAUCACUGGGCUCUGCGUGACUUUGCUUCACGCCUUAUGGCUCAAAUAUGCAAAAACUUCAAUACAUCUACAAACAACGUACAAACCAGAGUGACUAGAAUGUUCAGUCAAGCACUGGCGAAGAAUAGUCAGACCCCUUUAGCAUCUCUUUAUGGUGCAAUUGAGGGAUUGUGUGAAUUAGGCCCAGAAGUUAUAAAAGCGUUGGUUAUUCCAAAAAUUAAGUCUAUUUCUGAACGUAUAGAAUCUUGUAUCGAGGGGCCAGGUUUGUCGAGCGUAGAUAAAAAUGGAGCGGGUCACAUAAAAACUCUGCUAGUGAAAUCAGUCGCUCCUGUCUUAAAAACUAUACGAUCCCCACCCGAUUAUGUGGAUGAUUACAAACAAGAUUACGGCUAUAUAGGACCAGCGUUGUGUGCAGCAGUCGCAAAAGCACGUACACAGCCAGCAACAUUGGCAACAACUGCAUCUACAACAACAGCUUUGACGACGAGUCAACAAGGUCCAACUUGCACUGGCAAAACCAUCAUGCAAGCUGUAACGAGUUCUAGUCCUGGGCAACAAGCUGGACGUACAAUAAUGCUGGGCACAAGUAGAACGCCUGGUACAACCACCACGGGCGGCGCACAAAAGUUCGUGAUCUUACAAUCACGGUCUCAAACGCCAACCGCAACUUGUACAAUACAACAAUCACAGCAGCAACAACCGUCUCAAACGCAACAGCAACAACAAUCGCAGCAGCAACAAGUUAAAAUUUCUCAGACGAAUGUUGUUCAACAGAAGGCCCACCUACAAAGUAGCGGUGCCAAACUAGUGGUCGUUUGUAUGUCGAAUAGUAGUCACACCUCUACUACUACGAUCUCGCAGGGGAAUAUGGCAUCAAAAUCGCAGAACGUUUUUGUUACACAGCAAGGUAUCGAGUGCUCGUUAGGUUCAGAGGAAGAAAAAAAUACGUUUCAGUGACAAAAGGUGCAAUGAUUAACGACAAAUGAAUCCCUGAUAUUUUGUACACUGUACAGCAGUAAAAUCCUAAGACUAAUGUAUCUAAUAUAAAAAGAAUAACAAAACUUUUUUAUAAAUUACAUACGGUUAAAUAUAGAAAAUAGUAGAUUCCUAAUAAUAGUUUCAUACUCCAAGAGUAAAGUAAUGUAUUUUAAAUCAUAUCUCUUCUUCUGACUUAGAAAUAUUCCGAGUUUCAGCUAUUAUGUCUAAUUUUUUUAAUCUUAAACACCCAAAUUCUCGAAUCUUGCAUUGCGUCCUGUCUUUUUAAAAAAAUGCAGAAAGUCAAUAUACAACGAAAUGUUUAUUAAGCUUCAUUCACGAAAUUAUGUUGUGUUUGGUGUUCUUUAAAUUAUUGAAAUUAUCUCUAGGAGUCGGUAAACGCAGAGAAUAAUUCCUAUAUUAUCUGUAGUAGAUAUAGAGAUAUAUUUGCCGGUAUAGAAGUUGCCUUGUUUAACAUGUUCUUCAGUCACCGACCAGUUGC